AUGACUGAACAAUUGAUAGGGCAAUGCUAUGAAUGUGGAGUCACCACCAAAGCACACAAUCAAGAACCUAUCAAGAUAAUGCCAAUAACAGAGAGACCGUGGGAUGUAAUAUCAGUUGACUUCGGAGGACCAUACCCUAACGGGCACUACAAUCUUGUUGCCGUAGACAAGAGAACAAGAUACCCAGAAGUUGAAACAACAUAUUCAACAGCAUUUCAACCUACCAGAGACAAACUAAAGAAAACGUUUGCUACACAUGGAACACCAAGAAGAAUCGAAACAGACAAUGGACCACCAUUUAACUCCAAACAAUUUGAGGAAUUUGCGAUGGUGGAAGGCUUCACGCACCACUUAGUAACACCAGAACAUGCUCGAGCAAAUGGAGAACCAGAGAGCUUCAUGAAAACCCAGAAUAAGACUGAACAAAUUGCACAUCUACAGGGAGUAAACACAAACACAGCAAUUCAAGAAAUGUUAACAGGAUACCGAUCAACACCUCAUCCAGCUACAGGCAUAACCCCGUAUAAUGCAUUGGUGAACAGACAGAUCCGAACCAAAUUAGAUUAUGAACCACGAGAGACUACAGCAAUACCCCGGGAUACCAUAAUGGAGGAAAGAGACAGAGUAUACAAGGACAAGCUUAAGCAACAAUCUGAAAACAGGAACACCAGAGAACACACAUUUGUGGUAGGAGACUAUGUACUUUUGAAGCAAACCAAAAGAAAAAAUGGACCACUGCUUAUGAACCAGCUUUUUAUGUCAUAUACCGCAUAG